GGCCGGGCUGGAGGGGCUACGCCGGGAUCCCCGACAUCCAAGGGACUCGGGGCGUCGCGCCCUGUCCGGCGCCCCAGCAGGCCCUCGGGUUGCAACCUGCUGGUUCUGGUGCGCUCCCUUGGAUCCGGACGGGCGAGGAAGGGGGUCGCCCCUCAGGACAGCCCUAUGUAAAUCCCGGUGCUGGGUGGGUGGGUGGGGAGGGGGGAAGCGAAGAAGGGGAAGUAAACCUCUUUGGCUGGAGUGGGGUCCGGGUGAGCAGAUUUCCUUAUCCGGGAAUCGCAGGCGGGGCGGCCAUUGGCUCGGAGGAUCACGUGGGGCCCUAACUUUGUUCACUUGACAGUAAAGUAGGAGGGCUUUCGGAAACAGGAAAACGAGUCAGGGGUCGGAAUAAAUUUUAGUAUAUUUUGUGGGCAAUUCCCAGAAAUUAAUGGCUAUGAGUUCUUUUUUGAUCAACUCCAACUAUGUCGACCCCAAGUUCCCUCCCUGCGAGGAAUAUUCACAGAGCGAUUACCUACCCAGCGACCACUCGCCCGGGUACUACGCCGGCGGCCAGAGGCGAGAGAGCAGCUUCCAGCCGGAGGCGGGCUUCGGGCGGCGCGCGGCGUGCACCGUGCAGCGCUACGCGGCCUGUCGGGAUCCAGGGCCCCUGCCGCCGCCGCCUCCGCCGCCGCCGCCCCCGCCCGGGCUGUCCCCUCGGGCUCCCGCGCCUCCACCCGCCGGGGCCCUCCUCCCGGAGCCCGGCCAGCGCUGCGAGGCGGUCAGCAGCAGCCCCCCGCCGCCUCCGUGCGCCCAGAACCCCCUGCACCCCAGCCCGUCCCACUCCUCGUGCAAAGAGCCCGUCGUCUACCCCUGGAUGCGCAAAGUUCACGUGAGCACGGUAAACCCCAAUUACGCCGGCGGGGAGCCCAAGCGCUCUCGGACCGCCUACACUCGCCAGCAGGUCUUGGAGCUGGAGAAGGAGUUCCACUACAACCGCUACCUGACCCGGCGCCGGAGGGUGGAGAUCGCCCACGCGCUCUGCCUGUCCGAGCGCCAGAUCAAGAUCUGGUUCCAGAACCGGCGCAUGAAGUGGAAAAAAGACCACAAGUUGCCCAACACCAAGAUCCGCUCGGGUGCCACCGCGGGUGCCGCUGGAGGACCCCCAGGCCGGCCCAACGGCGGCCCGCCGGCGCUCUAGGGCCACUCCCCACCUCCCCGGCGUCCACCACCAUGGCCAGGCGGGAG